ACGAGACAAUAUGCCUGGCGAUCAGUCGAAAUCAAGGUUAUGGAAGGUGGUUGUCUUGUUUCAUCGUUUUACGAGGGAAGUAUCCAGAUAGAAUGUCGUAUCAGUUCUCGCCAGCGACUCAUGGCCUGCCGAGCCUUGCGCAAUAUCUACCCCCGGGCUGCAAAUUUCUGAGCUGCCACGAUGCACAAAACGUCCUAAGAAGUUGUUCGACGUGGAGACUUCCCAACGGAACUCUGGUUGCUCCGCUGGGCGGGGAGCUUUACCAAGUUGUGGAAGUUCCCGCUAACUGCGAUGAGCGCUGCUCUUAUCACGAGCCCCGAGGGACAUCGGCUUUGUUGUCUGAAAAUUCGCCACUGCUUCGUAAUGAAUGGUUCCGUUUUCGACACUUGUCUGAACACGAAAGCUCCUCCUGUUACUCCGACGGGCUCAAGAGGUUGCCUCUUUUUUACACAGAUGGCCGCCGCUGCAACUGUCAACUUUGCGCCACGACGAUGUAUCCCGACAGGCUUUACGAGCAUCACCUGUCACAGAUGAAACCGCAUGACGUGGUGUGCGGACUCAGAGAGGAAAGAUUUUCUCCUUUGGUAAACAAGCAGAGUAAUGAAUCCCCGGACAAUCCAGCAGCCUACCCGUUUACCCUUGCGCUCCCGCAGUCUUCCACAUCACUGACGUCGUCACAAGAGGAACAACGAAGACAGAAACAGAAGCGAUUUCAGUGUAUGCAUUGCGAGAAAUCUUUUGGAAAAUCUUCACACCUGCGUGAUCACAUCAGAACUCACACCGGGGAUCGCCCGUUUCGCUGUCAGUUUUGCAACAAAGCUUUCACCCAGUACUCGAACUUGCGCACGCACACGCGAAUUCACACGGGCGAAAAGCCAUUCAAGUGUCACCACUGUAACAAAAGCUUUACACAAGCUGUCACGCUAAGAAGUCACACAAGGACUCACACGGGUGACAGGCCUUAUCACUGUAAGAGGUGCAGCAAAUCGUUCGCCUGUUUUUCCGGUUUGAAAGGACAUCACAGGGUUCAUUCGGACACGGAGCAAGAUGAACUGGAAAUUUAAUAAAUUGCAAACGACUAAAAGAGAAUCACAAAAUUGUCAACAUGACUUGUAAACCACGCCUGAUAUACUAAGUAUAAAAACAGAAUUUUCGCCAAUAGUCGUGUUCAACUUCAUAUCCAUCCUGACCGAAAGGAAAAACUGCACAAGGAAAGUUUACUCCAAGAUAACUUACCCGUUUAACAAUCGGUCCGGUAGAUCCUUCUGCAAAUGACAAUCGAAAAUAAAAAUUUACCUCUAAGAAAGCUUUUCAUGAAAGAUUGAAAAACCCAGUUUACAAAAGUGUGAAGGUCUUCAGUCAACGCACUGAGCUUAUAUAAUUGCAAAAAAUAACCGUCUGGAUAAUGUUCAUAUUUACGUAAUGUAUGUUGACUAUAUAACAGUCACACAAAUGCAGUACUUAAUAUAAAAUCAAAUUUUCCUGGGUGCGAAAACACCUGAAUGACGACUAUUUGAUUCAGGAUGCUUCUUUCGCUUUUUUUUAUGAAAUUCUCGAUUAGAGUUACGUCACUGGCUUUCAACUUUUGGAGAGGGUCUAUUACAAUGGAGAUUUUAAAGAGAAUUGUGAUCCAAUUUCUUCCUAUUUUCCACUGCCGUUUCUGCCGAGUCUGUACUGCACUUUUGAGCUCUAAUUUUUGUGUUAAAUGUGAGAGGUGUAGUUGAACAGAUGUUAGAAAUAAUA